CUGCUUAAACGGCUUCUAAUAAGUUUCUUUCCAGAGGGAUGCUUUGUUAAAAAAAACAAAAAAAAAGCUUUAAGAAUUGGUUACCUAAAUGACUGCAACAGUGUUAACUGUUUGUAGCAAUCUGAUCAUCUACACUGCGUACUUGACUAUGGCUGGAGAAUGAAAAGACAUUUGGACCUUCGCUGGGAAUUUGUCUGUGGGGUAUUCAUAAACCCAGUGCUGUCUAAACUCAGAGGACUCAUAAAGUAGCAGUAAGAAGAUGGGAUGCUUCAGCUCAGUUCCGCAAGAGAAUGUCAAAGUAGUUGGGACAACCUCUUCCAGGGAGAGCAGCUUUGUGGAAAAGAUGAAAAAGACGGGAAAAAACAUAGUUGUAUUUUAUGGGUCUCAAACAGGAACAGGAGAGGAGUUUGCCAAUCGACUUUCAAAAGAUGCUCACCGGUAUGGCAUGCGUGGUAUGUCGGCGGACCCUGAAGAGUUUGAAAUGGCUGAUCUGGGUCGUCUUACCGAAAUUGAAAACUCCCUUGCCGUAUUCUGCAUGGCCACCUAUGGUGAAGGGGACCCUACAGACAAUGCUCAGGAUUUUUAUGACUGGUUACAAGAAGCAGAUGUUGAUCUUUCUGGUCUUAAGUUCGCUGUGUUUGCUUUGGGUAACAAGACAUACGAGCACUUUAAUGCUAUGGGCAAAUAUGUGGACAAACGUUUGGAGGAGUUGGGAGCUGAGAGAAUCUUUGAGGUGGGCAUGGGAGAUGAUGAUGGCAACUUGGAAGAGGAUUUUAUCACAUGGCGUGAGCAGUUUUGGCCUGCAGUAUGUGAACACUUUGGUGUGGAAGCUACAGGCGACGAGUCCAGCAUUCGUCAGUAUGAGCUAGUGGUGCACACUGAUGAGAAUAUGAACAAAGUCUACACCGGAGAAAUGGGCCGUCUUAAGAGCUAUGAAACACAGAAGCCACCAUUUGACGCUAAAAAUCCAUUCCUGGCUGACGUAACUGCGAACCGUAAGCUAAACGAGGGUGGAGAUCGCCACUUGAUGCACCUUGAGCUGGAUAUAAAUGGAUCAAAGAUAAGGUAUGAGUCAGGCGAUCACGUUGCAGUUUAUCCAGCAAAUGACUCCUCUAUAGUCAACAAGCUGGGAGAGAUUCUGAGCGCAGACCUUGACACUGUCAUAUCUUUGAACAAUCUGGACGAGGAAUCCAACAAGAAGCAUCCUUUCCCUUGUCCUACUACAUACCGCACAGCUCUCACUUACUAUCUGGAUAUUACCAAUCCUCCCCGCACCAAUGUUCUGUAUGAACUUGCACAGUAUGCCACCGAUCAGAAAGAGCAGGAGAACCUGCGAAAAAUGGCUUCAUCUGCAGCUGAAGGCAAGGCUUUGUAUCUCAGCUGGGUUUUAGAAGCAAGGAGGAAUAUUUUGGCUAUUCUGGAAGAUAUGUCUUCAUUACGACCUCCAAUUGACCACCUUUGUGAGUUGUUGCCCCGUUUACAGGCUCGUUACUAUUCAAUUGCCUCUUCUUCUAAGGUUCACGCCACUUCCAUACAUAUCUGUGCAGUGCUGGUAGAUUAUGAAACCAAAACUGGCCGAGCAAACAAAGGAGUUGCCACAAACUGGCUUAAAAACAAGCAACCAUGUGACAACGGCCAUAAAUCAACAGUACCCAUGUAUGUCCGCAAGUCACAAUUCAGACUGCCUUUUAAACCUAGUACACCUGUCAUCAUGAUUGGGCCUGGAACUGGCAUUGCUCCAUUUGUCGGAUUUAUACAGGAAAGAGAAUGGUUAAAGCAGCAAGGAAAGGAGGUCGGAGAGACUGUUCUUUACUAUGGCUGCCGACAUGAACAUGAAGACUAUCUGUACAAAGAAGAACUUGCCAGAUUUCACAAAGAUGGUGUUCUUACUCAGCUAAAUGUUGCUUUCUCUCGAGAUCAGAAUGAAAAGAUCUAUGUCCAACAUCUUCUUAAGAAAAACAAGGAACAUGUGUGGAAGAUGAUUAGUGAGGAGAAUGCUCAUAUCUAUAUAUGUGGUGAUGCCCGUUAUAUGGCGCGUGAUGUACAGAAUACUUUCUAUGACAUUGUGGAGGAAUUUGGCAAGAUGGAUCAUGCUCUGGCGGUGGAUUACAUUAAGAAACUAAUGACCAAGGGCCGCUAUUCUCAAGAUGUUUGGAGUUAAUAGAGGCAGUCUGCCCAUUCUAAAGGUGGCACUCAGCUGCUGUCGGAGAUUCAACAUGAGCCAGUUCAUGAACAGUUUUACAGAUAACGCACGUCUUUAGCACCAGUUCUGAAGAGCCACAGCUGCCUUGUUUUAGUACUGUUCUAAAUGUAUUGUAUUCAGUUUGUUUUGAACUGUACCCGUCAACACAGCAGCUUCUAUGUUUGCAUACGGUUAUCAGUCAUUGAAGGACAUUUACUCUAGUAGCAUUUCCUUCCAAGGAUCUGCUGUUAUUCUAUCCAAAACAUUUUUGGCUUCUUUUUUCUUUGGGGUAAUGCAAUAUCAGUUUAUACAUAGAAGAACCAGAAUCAUGAAACCUAUCAUCCUGUUCAGUAAAGUUUGGCAAUUGGCAUAAUUCUCAUUUUGCUUCAACAAAUCGUGUUACCUCUUAAAUAUUUUUGAAUUAAUUUUGAACUUGCUCUUAAUCAUUCGAUUUUCAGUGAUCGUUUAAAUAAAAUAAUACAAUUUAGCCAAUUUGUAAUGUUGAAGGGGCAGUUUGUCUAGGCAUAAAGUACUUUGGAGCUUGCUGGUUUAAUGGGUUACUGUGGAUUAUAGGUUAGGACUAAUGUGUUUUCCUUUUUAUUUCUCCUUCCUUUCAAAACUUCUUACCAUACAAUUGUCCAUGAAACAGUGUUUUUUGUUUGUGCCUUGUAUGUAUAGUUGGCUUUGGUUUGCAUUUCAUUUCCAGUCUUUGUUAAUGUUUUUAUGGCUUCUGUUCUUGACUUGUUUUUUUGUUCUUGCAAAAUAUUACUCGGCAAUUAUUGUAGUCCUGUGCAUCAAAGCUUACUAAUUGUGAAAAGAAGAAAUGGAUACAAGUUCCAUUGAUUGUAAAAUGCCUGUAUGUUUUUGCUUGUUUCUCAAGCAGGCCUUUAUUGAAUAGAGUCUGAACCUCCUACUGCUACAAAGACAUGUUCAGAUGUGUAUUCUAGCAAUGUUCUAUAAAUGGAAGUUUUAUAUUUACAUAUAAAAGACACCUUGGUAUACCCCUCUCCUUUUCUUUUUUUUUUUUUUUUUAUAUCUGUCGCAAGCUCUUACUUUGCUGUGUAAGCACUUCUCACUGUUCUGUGCUCCCACAAUCAGUCUUAGACUUGGUGUCUUGGAACCAAGGACACCCUGUGUUUAAAUGUGCUUUGUACCCCAACACCUAGGACCUUAUUUAUUCCUUGAUACAGCAUAGUUAGGUAAAUGAAUUUUAAUCUGCUUGUACUCUAGAAUAAUUUGGGCUACAUGUGGUAUCCAGUAUGUGAUUCAUUGGAUUUUCACAUGCCUUAUCGGUUAUAAAUGGUUUGUCUUGGGAGUAGUGUAUUAGAUUUUACAGCAGUUACUUAAAGAACCUGCACUGAUAAGCAUAGUGUACAGAACAAGCCGCUGGAAUGUACUAAGAUUUUAAACCCUGGAAGCUACUUGCCUUAUGUAAGAAAAACACAGUAGAUGACCAUUCUGUACAACUGUAGGUUCUCCUAUAACCACUUGGAGCACAAGCCAAGAUCUUUGGUUCAGAGCUGCUGUUCAUUCUGGACUGAUGAUCUUGGUUGUCUGUGGACAACAAAGCAAAUUUGUCACACCACCUGCUUGUUUCAGGGUUACAGCAUGGCUUUCUUGUCUUGCUGCAGUUCAUAUUGCCUGCCAAUGUUCUGUACUAAAAAUUUUAACAUUUUCCAGCUCUGCAUCUUACUCCAAAUCAAAUUCAUUUUUUUUUAUGCUUAUUGGAAUUUUAUGAAAAUAUUGUUACAAAUUAUGAUUGUAAAUAAUUUUAAAUACACAUUAACCUUUGAAAUAAAGUAUAAAUUUUCCAUUC